AUGAGCGCGGCGUCGCACGACGAGCGGGCCCGGCAGCUCGUGGCCAAGGCGGACAAGAAGCUCAAAUCCUGGGGCCUCCUUGGCAACAAAUACGAGGAUGCAGCAGAGUACCUGGAGCAGGCGACCAGCGCAUUCAAGCUAGCCAAGGCGUGGGGCGAGGCCGCGGAGACCUUUCUCAAGCUCUCGGACGUGCACCUCAAGCUCUCGUCUCAGUACGAGGCGGCCACCACGAUCGCCGAGGCCGGCAACUGCUACAAGAAGGUCUCCCCCCCGGACGCCCUGCACUGCUUCGAGCGCGCCGCGGACCUCUACAUGCAAGCGGGGCGCCUCCAGAUGGCGGCGCGACAACUCAAGGAGGUCGGGAAGGCCUGCGAACAGGCCGGCGACAAGGCGCGCGCCAUCCAGGUGUACUCCCAGGCCGCGGACCUCUUCCUCGGCGAAGAGCAGCCCCAGGAGGGCUACAAGUGUCUCCUAGAGGUGGCGCAGUUCCAGGCGGAGACGCAGCAGUACGUGGCGGCGGUGGGGACGUUCGAGCAGGUCGCGGGGUUCUACCUCGACAACCACCUGCUGAAGUUCUCCGCGCGGGGCGUGCUGUUCUCCGCGGGCUGCUGCCUGCUCGCGGCGGGCGACCUCUCCGCCGCGCGCGCCGCGCUGGACCGUUACCGCGAAAUGGACGUGAAGUUCGAGUCGUCGCGCGAAGAGGAGCUGCUCGAGGCGCUCGUGGCGGCGAUGGAGGCGAACGACGACGCGGGGUUCACGGACGCGGUGGCGCAGUACGACAGCAUGACGCGCCUGGACCCGUGGAAGACAACGAUUCUCCUGCAAGCCAAGCGGCGCAUCCAGGCGGGCACCGCGGCGGCGCUGGACGAGGACGACCUCACGUGA